UGUCCACAUCUGGAUAUGGCCCAUCACCACGACAAACUCCCGAGUCUUAGGGCGCCACCGGCGGCGAGGAUGCCAGCGGCAGACGCAGAGCUUCCUGCUGCCGCAUCUCCUCCAGCACUCCCGCAGACCGCCCCUCCUCGGACGGCGACGAGCACACCGGAGCACCCAGACCUCCAGCCCCGGCCGUCUCUGGGAGCGCCUCCAUCACCCAAGGUGAAAGCCGGCGGGGAAAACCGUGAUCCCUGGCCGCCGGGGGCAAAAGCCUCCUUCUCCGGUGAGGUGGAGAGGGGCCUGGGCUCUGUCGGAGCGGAGCCCUCCCGUCUCGCUUCGCCGAAGAGCACGCCCCCCGCGCCGCCCUUGUCGCCUUCUGAAUCGCCGGAGGCGGAUCGUACAGUUACUGUUUCGCCCAUCAGCAGAUCGACUUCAAGCCCGACAGGGAUGUGGCCGGAGCUCAGCCCAGAUAAGCAGGACUCGCUCUGCCAACAAGAUGAUCAUUCACAGGGUGGUGAUACGUCGACAUGGUCAUGGCCCAAUCUACCUGAGGAUAUCUGGUGCCUUAUACAUUCCCUAAUGCCAUUGCGUGAUUCUGCCCGUUCUGCCUGUGUAUCUCGCACAUUUCUAUGUUCCUGGAGAUGCCACCCCAAGCUUAUAUUCAGUGAGGAAACACUAGGCUUGAAACAGAAGGAAGGCCAAAAUAUCGAUAUAGCAAGGGGUUUCACUAGCAGAGUUGAUCAUAUUCUGAAAAAUCACUCAGACACCGGUGUGAAGAUACUCAAGUUUGUAAUCCGUGAUCAUUACAAUGUCGACACUUGUCAUCUAAAUAGUUGGCUCCAGAAAGCUGUCACACCAGGGAUUGAAGAAGUCACACUUUUGCUGCCUACGAAACAUAGGAAAAUGUAUGAAUUCCCGUGUUCAGCUCUACUUGAUGGGCGUGGAAACUCAAUCUGGUAUCUUUACCUCACCAAUUGUGCCUUCCGCCCCCCGGUUGGAUUUGAUUGCUUGAGAAGCCUGGCAAAGCUGCAUCUGUAUGGAGUUUGUAUCACGGGGGAUGAGUUGGGGCAUCUUAUUUCCAAUUGUUUUGCUUUGGAGGAGUUAGAAGUCAGCUGUUGCAUGAAGCUAAUCUGCCUGGAGAUACCAUUCUGGCUGGAGCGGCUUAGUUGCUUGACUGUGUCUCAGUGCGACAAGCUGAGAGUGAUAAAGAGCACAGCUCCGCACCUCUCCAUUUUUGACUUCUUUGGUGAACCAGUACAACUCGUGCUUGGAGAAUCAUCAAAGGUAAAAGACUUAAGGGUGGGGUAUUCAUUUGCGCCCAAUGCUGUGAGUUAUGCUAUCACUAAGCUACCUUUCAUCGCACCACAUCUUGAGACUCUUACUGUAUACUCGUUUUGUGAGAGGGUUAGUACCCCAAUGGUAGCUGACAAAUUCAUCCACAUAAAGCACUUGAAUAUCUACUUUGGUGAGGAUGGUGAGGGGGCUGUUACCCCUGCCUAUGAUUAUUUAUCCUUGGCUUCAUUUCUGGAUGCUUGUCCUGUCUUGGAGAGUUUCAUCUUAAGUGUAGAUCAGAGUGACAUGCGGCAUGAUUCGGUUUUUGAGGAUCCCUCCUCACAUCUGAGGCAGAUUCCUGAACACAGGCGGCAUGAGAGGCUCAAGAAGGUGCAAAUCGAUGGCUUUUGCUCCGCAAAGAGCAUAGUUGAGCUAACAUGUCAUAUCCUCAAGAAUGCAACGUCACUUGAAAGCCUCACACUGGACUGCAUAUUUGGUGCGGAUGCAGUUGGUGAGUCUGUUAGGUGUUCUGCCCCAGAAUCCGGUAAAUGCAUGCCCACAAGCCGGCGUAUUAUCUUGGAAGCACAUAAAGCACUCGGUGCCGUCAAGAGAUACAUCGUGGAGAAAGUUCCCUCUUCAGUCAAGUUACAUAUUGGGGGGCCUUGUACCCGGUGCCAUGUUAUGGAUGUGAUGUUGCCGCAGGUAUCCAAUAUGUAGAUUUGCGACGUUGCAGAUGUUGUCCUUCGUCUUCAUUGUUCGUUGUUGUUCUCUGCUGUGUUGGUACAUAGCUGUUCACUGUGUAGGUCCUGUCAUACCACACAUGUGCUUUCAUUUCUUGUCAAGUUACCAGUUUUUCUAUGCGUGUGCACCUUAUUGGCGUCACUAGAACACCUGCAGGUUGAUUGUUACUUCACCUGGAUUAGAGCUAAGACUAGUUAUACAAAUACAUUGAUCUUGUGUUGUAUCCUGUAUUCCUGUUUCUUCAAUUAAAUCGUUGGUAGCCUA